CAUUGCGCUUUGCGUCUCGAAGUUGGUUGGUUGCAAUUGUUUUUUAUUCGCGUUCUAUUUUUGUGUGUGACGGGUCCGUUCCGUGCCGUCCGGCGGAAAAGGUUUAUAAUUUUCAGAUUUUUAAUGAUUCUCGAUUAGAUUAACGAAUUAACUGCGAAAUACCUCCCGAUUGCGAUAUAUCUUCAAGAUGCAGAACGGAGACGAUAAUCCAGCGGCGGCAGAUGCACAAAAGGGUGAACAAGUGACAACAGCUGAUGCCAAGCCCGUCCCAGAAGAAAUCACCAAGCAAUCCUUCCGUCUCAAAGUAUGGCGGCACUUGGAGAGCAACGGCCUCGCCAUGUUCCCCCGGCCCGUGUACAACCGCAUACCCAACUUCAAGGGGGCGCCCGAGGCCGCCGCCAAGCUGGCAGAGCUGGACAUCUUCAAGAACGCCACCACUGUCAAGGUCAACCCUGAUAAGCCGCAGGAACCCGUCAGAGUCCUGUGCUUGGAACAAAAGAAAACCCUCUACGUGCCGGUUCCCCGUCUACAGACUGGGUUCCUGAACCGCUUAGAGCUGCCGGAAGGCGAGACCGGCCCAGCGGCCUUCAAGAAGGCCGUCUCGCGCAAUGGGAUGGAGACUUAUGGAAAGAGUAUUGGCAUUGAAGACUCCGUAUCCCUGGACCUGGUUGUGAUGGGUUCCGUGGCCGUGUCCAAAGAGGGCUAUCGCAUUGGCAAGGGGCGCGGCUACGGGGACUUGGAGUUCGGGCUGAUCAUGCACAUGAAGGCUGUCAAGCCCAACACCAUCGUCGUCACUACCGUGCACGAUUGUCAGGUGUUUGAUACCUUACCAGCUGAGCUGUUUGGUCCGCACGACGUUCCCAUUGAUGUCAUUGUCACACCAACUCAGGUGAUAGAGACACAGAGGAUGAGCCAGCGGCCGCCGGGCAUCAUCUGGCACCUGCUGUCCAACCGCCGCGUCGAGCUCAUGCCCGUGCUCGGACAGUUGCGGGAGAUCGAAAUGCUAGCGGGCCGCGCGUGCACGCUGGCGGAGGUGGACACGGACGUGGAGGAGCGCGCGGCGCAGCGCGUGCGCAGGGUGCGGCGCCGCACGCGCUCGCACAAGAGCCAGAGCGAGGGCGAGGGCAACACGACGGAAGGCGAGGAAGGCAAGGGCGCCAAGCCGCGCCGCGGGCCGCGCCGCAACAGCGGCAAGGGCAAGGACAAGGACGACCACAAGCCGCGCCGGCCCCGCAAGCAGCGGCCCGUCAUCGACUUCUCCGUCAAGAUUUCGAAUAUUAGCCCGAACACGCGAGUGCGCGAUUUGAAGCAGGCUCUCUCCGAGCGCGGGGUCAAGCCUCAAAUCAUGGUGUGGAAGGGUUUCCGUGGAUACUGCUAUCUACACUUUUUCAAGCCUGGACCACAAAAGGGUGAGGGCGACAGCGCAGCCACAGUGAACAUGGACAGCGUGAUCUCGGCGCUGGCGGAGAUGUCGGUGGGCGGCAGCGGCGGGGAGUCGCCCAACCGCGACGACAAGCCGCGCCUGCUGGCCGUGGAGCCCGCGCCGCCGCGCGAGCCGCGCGCGCCACGCGACCAGGCCGCGGCGCAGGAGCUGCCCGCCGCGCCGGCGGCAGAGGUAACUACCGUGUGUGUACAGCGGCGGCGAGGCGCCCCCCCGCGACGACAAGCCGCGCCUGCUGGCCGUGGAGCCCGCGCCGCCGCGCGAGCCGCGCGCGCCACGCGACCAGGCCGCGGCGCAGGAGCUGCCCGCCGCGCCGGCGGCAGAGGUAACUACCGUGUGUGUACAGCGGCGGCGAGGCGCCCCCCCGCGACGACAAGCCGCGCCUGCUGGCCGUGGAGCCCGCGCCGCCGCGCGAGCCGCGCGCGCCACGCGACCAGGCCGCGGCGCAGGAGCUGCCCGCCGCGCCGGCGGCAGAGGUAACUACCGUGUGUGUACAGCGGCGGCGAGGCGCCCCCCCGCGACGACAAGCCGCGCCUGCUGGCCGUGGAGCCCGCGCCGCCGCGCGAGCCGCGCGCGCCACGCGACCAGGCCGCGGCGCAGGAGCUGCCCGCCGCGCCGGCGGCAGAGGUAACUACCGUGUGUGUACAGCGGCGGCGAGGCGCCCCCCCGCGACGACAAGCCGCGCCUGCUGGCCGUGGAGCCCGCGCCGCCGCGCGAGCCGCGCGCGCCACGCGACCAGGCCGCGGCGCAGGAGCUGCCCGCCGCGCCGGCGGCAGAGGUAACUACCGUGUGUGUACAGCGGCGGCGAGGCGCCCCCCCGCGACGACAAGCCGCGCCUGCUGGCCGUGGAGCCCGCGCCGCCGCGCGAGCCGCGCGCGCCACGCGACCAGGCCGCGGCGCAGGAGCUGCCCGCCGCGCCGGCGGCAGAGGUAACUACCGUGUG